AAAACGCCGAAGACAAACUAAACAAUACAAUAUCAAAGCAGUGUGUCUGGAGCCAAGCUAUCAACAAAGGACUUAAACACCUUUUACAGUUAUAUUUGUGAAAUAAUUGAUUACGCCGAAUGUUUGUGCAAACAUGAGCCAACGGCAGGUUUUGCAGGUUUUUGAGCAGUACCAGAAAUCGAGGACACAGUUCGUGCAGACUGUUGCGGAGCUUGCAACAAGACCUCAAAAUAUUGAAACGUUACAAAAUGCAGGUGUAAUGUCCCUUUUGAGGCCUCUUCUGCUGGAUGCAGUCCCAACUGUUCAGCAGACAGCAGCUCUUGCGCUUGGAAGGCUUGCCAACUACAACGAUGACCUGGCUGAGGCAAUCGUGAAGGGAGACAUUCUCCCACAGCUCGUGUACUCCUUGGCAGAGCAGAAUCGGUUCUACAAGAAGGCAGCCGCGUUCGUGCUGCGCGCGGUGGCCAGGCACUCCCCGGAGCUGGCUCAGGCCGUGGUGGACUGUGGGGCUCUGGAGGCCCUGGUCAUCUCACUGGAGGAGUUCGACCCUGGGGUCAAAGAGGCUGCCGCCUGGGCGCUGGGAUACAUUGCACGCCACAACGGAGAGUUGGCGCAGGCGGUGGUGGAUGCGGGGGCGGUGCCCCUGCUGGUGCUCUGCAUCCAGGAGCCGGAAGUGGCCCUGAAACGCAUCGCCGCCUCGGCCCUCAGCGACGUGGCCAAGCACUCGCCCGAACUCGCCCAGACCGUGGUGGACACCGGCGCCAUCGCACACCUCGCCCAGAUGGUGCUCAACCCCGACGCCAAACUCAAGAGGCAGGUGUUCUCUGCACUGGGCCAGAUCUCCAAGCACUCGGUGGAUCUGGCGGAGCUGGUGGUGGAGGCGGAGAUCUUCCCGGCCGUGCUCUCCUGCCUUAGGGACCCCGACGAGUACGUGCGCAAGAACGUCACCACGCUGAUGCGCGAGAUCACCAAGCACACGCCAGAGCUGUCCCAGAUGAUCGUGAACUCGGGCGGUGCGGCGGCUGUCAUCGAUUACCUGGGGGAGUGCAAGGGGGCGGCGCGGCUGCCUGGCAUUAUGAUGCUGGGCUACGUGGCCGCGCACUCCGAGAACCUGGCCAUGGCUGUCAUCGUCUCCAAGGGGGUGCCCCAGUUGGCCAUCUGCCUGGCGGAGGAGUGUGAGGACCACAUGCGGGCGGCCACGGCCUGGUCGCUGGGGCAGCUGGGCCGCCACACUCCUGAGCACGCCCGAGCCGUCGCCGUGGCCAACGUGCUGCCCAAGCUGCUCACCCUCUACAUGGACGCCGACAGCUCUGAGGACCUGCAGGUUAAGGCUAAGAAAUCUCUGAAGAGCAUCCUGCAGAAGUGCACCCACCUGCCGGCGCUGGAGCCCCUGCUCUAUGAGGCUCCCCCCAACAUCCUCAAGCACGUCGUCUGCCAGUUCAGCAAGGUCCUGCCCCACGACAGCCGGGCCCGGCGCCUGUUUGUGACCAGCGGGGGGCUGAAGAAAGUGCAGGAGAUCAAAGCGGAGCCGGGCUCAGCCCUGCAGGAGUACAUCAACUCCAUAAACAACUGCUACCCAGAGGAGAUAGUCAGGUAUUACUCCCCUGGCUACUCUGAGACCCUGCUGGAGAGGAUUGACCAGUACCAGCCAGCAUAAGAUGCUCUCACCUACUCAAGAGCCCAUGAACUGGAAUAUUCUUCUUGUGUCAAUUAUGAUAGAAAAUUAAAUUGGAUCAUUUAGUAAGGA